CGUAGUUAUUUUCUUCAAUCAGUGUAACAAUGUACCUUUGACCACACUCCCACAGACAGCUGUCAUUGAUGGCUGUAUUAAUGAAUUAGUACAUUAACAAUAAUUAAUAACCAUUAAUAUAAAGUAUGAUACACACAAAUAGCACAGAGAACAGUGUUGCAGAUUAUUUCUAUUCAAAAUAGUCCUCAGAAUAAGAGAAGAAAUGUCCACAGCCAUAGAGCAGCUCUGACAGGACGUCUGGCUAAACUGUAUCAGGAGUGUGUUUGCUGCGACCAGAAUCGCUUCAUUUUAUUACAAACUGAUGAUCAACAGACGGAUGUUUUUACUUUGAGUCUGUGAACAAACAUGUGAGACAGCUGGAAAACUGCUUUUGGUGAAGCUCCAAUGUAUUUUAUAGUAUUUUAGGAGAGAAAUGAGAGAGAAAAGACGCUGAGCAGCGCUGUCCACGGCGGUGAUCAGGUGAGGUUUGUUCGCUCCACAAAGAAAAAGCAGAGAACAUCAGAGCUCUACAUGACUUAAAUAUGAAGAGACACAUGUCCGCUAUCUGCUGCCUUUAUGUGAGCCUUCAACACUUGUCCCACACUGAUUUUUCAGUCUUUUAUCACUAAGAGAAAACACAAGUGUCAGACAUUGACGCUGCACAGAGUAAGACAGCAGCAUGACUGAGUCUCCACGGUUCUCAUGGUGUGUUUAAGUACAGCCUCCUGCCUCAGACUCUCCAACAGUCAACUCAGACUCUCCGUUUGUUUCGUGUCGGAUCUGAACUCAGAGGAAAUAAUGGCAGAAGUUGCUCCAGCUCCCGCCGCCGCCGCUCCGGCUAAAGUCGUCAAGAAGAAGGUUUCUAAGCCGAAGAAGACUGGCCCCAGCGUCAGCGAGCUGAUCGUGAAAACUGUGGCCGCAUCCAAGGAGCGGAGCGGCGUGUCUGCAGCCGCCCUGAAAAAGGCUCUGGCUGCCGGAGGUUACGAUGUGGAGAAGAACAAGGCCCGCGUCAAGACCGCCAUCAAGAGCCUGGUGGCCAAGGGGACUCUGGUCCAGACUAAGGGGACCGGCGCCUCCGGUUCAUUCAAGAUGAGCAAGAAAGUUGAGACCAAGGCCAAGAAGCCCGCAAAGAAAGCCGCUCCUAAAGCCAAGAAGCCCGCCAAGAGUCCCAAGAAACCCGCAGCUAAGAAGCCCAAGACAGCGGCAGCCAAGAAGACAGCAGCCGCUAAGAAAUCCCCCAAGAAGGUCAAGAAGCCCGCAGCGGCCAAGAAAGUAGCCAAGAGCCCCAAGAAGGCCGCCAAGAGCCCCAAGAAGGUGGUGAAAAAGGCUCCUGCAGCUAAGAAAGCUCCCGCAAAGAAGGUGGCCAAACCCAAAGCCAAGAAGGCAGCACCCAAGAAGAAGUGAGCUGUCAUCAGUCUGAACAUGUGAACCUGAUCAAAGGCUCUUUUAAGAGCCACACACUUUAUCUAAAGAGCAUCAUCCCAAUUAGAAUAUGUUAUAUAAAGUACAUUGAUUAA